UUCCCGGAAGUCUCGUUUUAUUACUGCUGUUGUACUGUGUGGAGAUUUAUUAUGAAUAUGAUUUGAGAAGAGAACAGGAUCCAUCGGUACAACACAGGUGUACAGAAAAGUUGGGCCUGUGCUCUCCAGCUAGACCCCAGCCCUGGAUUGUGAUCCCAUCCCAGAAUGAGUUCCUGAGCCUGGGCAUACUACACCUGGUCACUCCAUGUCCACUGGAGAGGGUAAGAAGCAGCCGCUGGGACAUCUGUUAAAUUAAGUCAUGAUGGAAGCUCCGGAGGCCCUCACAGGCAGUCUGAACUCCCCCUACCUGCCCCCAGGGGAGUCAGGGGAAGAGGAAGAGGAAGAGGAGGAGGAGGAGGAGGAGGACCAGGACCAGGACGAGUCCCCCCUGCUGACCGAGCAUACCCCGGUCCGAAGCCUGUACGCCGCAGCCGGACACAAACCCCAGGACUACUACAACCUGGUCUACAUCAUCUUCUUCAUCCUUGGGGUUGGCUCACUGCUGCCCUGGAACUUCUUCAUCACAGCCAAACAUUACUGGCUGUAUAAGCUUACCAACAGCUCGUCCCCCAACCACAGCUCCGACCUGAGUAAUUACUUUGAAAGCUACCUCUCUAUAGCAUCCACCGUGCCCUCUGUUGUGUGCCUGUUGCUGAACUUCAUCUUGGUUAAUAAGGUCUCGUCUGCAGUGCGGGUGCUCUGCUCCUUGGCGGUGAUGCUGGUGAUAUUUGUGAUCACCACGGCUCUGGUCAAAGUGGACACAUCGGCGGUGAUGCAGGAGUUCUUUGUGGCCACGCUGGUGUGUGUGGCCGUGGUCAGUGGGGCCUCAAACAUCUUCACAGGCAGCCUGUUUGGAGUGAGCGGAAGAUUCCCCAUGCGCAUCUCACAGGCGCUCAUCUCCGGGCAGGCGAUGGGCGGGACUCUGUGUGCUGUCGCCUCAGUGGUGAAUCUUGCGGCAGCCACUGAUGUCACAGACAGCGCGCUGGCGUUCUUCCUGUUGGCUGAUGUGUUCGUGGUGCUGUGUAUCGUCAUGUACCUGCUCCUGCCUCGACUCGCCUACUGUAGGUACUACAUGCAGAGCCCUGAGGAGAAAGCUUCGCCCCCCUGUGGCGUCUCUGGGAACAGUCCCCCCUCCGUCCCCCCUUUGCGCCCUAUCCUGCGGCGGACCGCGGUUCUGGGUCUCUGCGUCUUCUAUGUCUUCUGCGUCUCCAUCGUGGUGUUCCCGGCUAUCUCCUCCGGCAUCGAAUCUGUGCGCAAGAACACGGGCAGCCCCUGGACCACCAAGUACUUCACCCCGCUCACCAGCUUCUUUCUGUACAAUGUGGCAGACUUCUGCGGGCGCCAGAUCACAGCCUGGAUCCAGGCUCCGGGGCCUAAGAGUCAGCUCCUGCCCACCCUGGUGGCCCUUCGCACAGUCUUCGUGCCACUCUUCAUAUUCUGCAACUACCAGCCCCGCGGCCACAUCCCCACCGUGCUGUUUGCCCAGGAUGUCUACCCUGUGGUGUUCAUCUGCCUCCUGGGCCUUUCCAAUGGCUACCUGGGCACCCUGCCCAUGAUCUACGGGCCCAAGGUGGUGCAGAAGGAGUUGGCGGAGGCGGCGGGCGUGGUCAUGUCCUUCUUCCUGACGCUCGGGCUGGCGGCCGGGUCUGCCUUUUCGGUUCUGAUCGUGCAUUAUAUAUGACGUAUGUUUUAAAAGGUGCCGUUUUAAAAAAAAUAAUUUUUUUUUUUUUUUUAUUUUAAUAUUUUCUUAUCUCCAGCAAGUAAGAAAACCGUGUUAUGUUUGGACAAUAUUAUCAAAAUAUGAAUCCUUUUACGUUUUUUUUGUUUUGUUUUGUUUCAGUAAACACAGCUGACGGAGUCUGCACACCAGCAAAGUUGCAUCAGACUUGCCUUUUCUAAGCUUAGUAAGACACCACAGAGCUUUACCGAAUCCAGCAAGCAGGAUGCUGGCCCUGUUGUGGCACUAGCUUCUAUAUAGCUCCGUUCAUCCUCAGGAAAAAACAAACCUGGACCUGAAUCAUUCCUGCUCUUAUUAGGAUUUUAUAUUUGGUUUUAUUAAAUUUGUCUGUAUUCUAUUUCUUAUGCUUAGUAUUUGUUGUUCUUUUCUGAAUUGUAGUUCGAGUUCUAGUUUGGCUGUGGUACUGUUCUCCAGAGGAAAGAUACAUAUUUUGAGCCUGUUCUGUUGGACUGGGCUUGCAUCUGGGACAGAGUGCCUAUGGGCAGGUUGUUUUUAUUCACUGGCUGUUUCCCCAAUGACUCUGAUUGUGAUACAAGCUUAUAACUGCAGAAUAAAACAACACGCCCUAUACCAGCGGUUUCCAGGUCCAGCUCGGGUUCAGUCCAGCUUUGUCAUUCUAGUCGGGUCCUAAAUAACUUAACUGACACCUUGUUGGUUCAGUAAACUAAUUGAGCACCUCACUGGAAAAAUAUCUAAAUUGCAAUGGAUCGUAAGGGCCAGAGUUGUAAACCACUGCCUUAUAUUAACUCUGUCCCAGGGUUGCUAAAGGCUAACAUGGUAGAAAAAGUUUUUUUUUUUUUGUUUUUUUUUUUGGGGGUGGGCUCGGUGAGCAUGGCAUGGUAACUGUGGUACAUUGGCAGCUGUAUACCUCCUGUGAGCGUUGAAGGAAAUGAGCAAUACUCAGCUAUUUUAUACACUGUCACACACCCCCCAACCUGUCACAUGCGCACACUACUGUUUGUGUGUGUAUUACUAGUUUAUUUUAAUUGGACAAAUUCCAUCACUAUGGAAACUAGACACACCCCUUAUAAACGUGUCCCACAGUAAAAGCACAGCAAAGUGUAACAAAGCAGUUAAAGCAUAGGUAAACAUUGUAAAGAAGUGAGGUAUG